UGUCUCUUCCCAGGCGGUGCAGGGAGGAGGUGGAGUCCGCAGCUUCUUGCUCCGGCUGCGGCGCUUGCAGAGGGAGGGCUGGGGAGGCUGCCUGCCCCGUUGCCCUUUGCAUCUCCCUGCCGUCCUUUGGAGCGCGGUGCAAUGCGAAGGGAUCUGCUGCCCACCAGGAACAAUGAACGUUUGCUGAGGAACAAGAAGUAGUCUCCUACAAGCAGGCCUCCACUGAUGAGGAAACCGGCCCUGCCUUCCCUUGCUUGAUCAUGGGCACCAAAAAUGAAGAGAUGGUUCCUGUGGAGCAGAAUUUGAACCCUCUGUGCUUUGAAUGUGGCCAGCAACAUUGGACGAGAGAGAACCACUUGUACAAUUACCAGAAUGACGUGGACGAUGACUUGGUCUGCCAUAUUUGCCUUCAACCCUUGCUACAGCCAUUAGACACACCUUGUGGUCACACUUUCUGCUAUAAGUGCCUACGAAAUUUCCUGCAGGAGAAGGACUUCUGCCCUUUGGAUCGCAAAAGGCUUCACUUUAAGUUGUGCAAAAAAUCCAGCAUCCUCGUUCACAAGCUGCUUGACAAACUCUUUGUGUCAUGUCCCUUUUCCUCUGCUUGCGAGGAAGUUAUGCAACGGUGUGACCUGGAGGCGCACCUCAAAAACAGGUGUCCUGGGGCUUCCCAACGCAGAGCAGCCUUGGAGAAGAGAAAAAAUAGCAAAUUGCAGGCAGACGCGGAGAGUGAGAAUGAGAGCAGUAUGAUAGAUCGGCCAGGUUCUCAGUCGCCUGACACGGAGCAUGCUGGGACAGGCACAGCGCCAGCGGAGCAGAACUUUACAGCAGCAACUGUUCCUGGGUGGACAGAUGAGUCCGGCCUUGACAACCCUGCCUUUGAGGAGAACACAGGGGCUGACACAACCCAUCAGCCACCAAGUUUGCCGGAAGGCGAAAUCACAACCAUUGAAGUCCAUCGAUCCAAUCCUUAUAUCGAGCUGGGAAUUAGCAUCGUGGGUGGCAACGAAACACCUUUGAUCAACAUUGUUAUUCAAGAGGUUUAUCGAGAUGGGAUUAUUGCCAGAGAUGGAAGGCUCCUUGCUGGAGAUCAAAUACUGCAGGUUAAUAACGUUGACAUCAGUAACGUCUCCCACAACCAUGCAAGGGCCAUCCUUUCCCAGCCUUGCACGGUCCUUCACCUCACUGUCCUCCGAGAGAGGCGAUUUGGAAGCCGAACUCACAACCACAGCGACAGCCCUCCUCAGCGUGAAGACAGUUUUCACGUGACUUUGCAUAAAAGAGACUCCAAUGAACAGCUUGGCAUUAAACUGGUGCGGAGAACGGACGAGCCAGGAGUUUUUGUCCUGGACCUCUUGGAAGGUGGCUUGGCUGCUCAAGAUGGCCGACUCUGCAGCAAUGACAAAGUGUUGGCUAUCAAUGGGCAUGACCUGAAGCAUGGCACACCUGAACUGGCGGCUCAGAUUAUCCAGGCCAGUGGUGAAAGGGUGAGUCUGGCUAUUUCCAGGCCAGCCAAGUCCCAGAUCAUGAGCAUCCUCAGAGAUGGUGGGACACAUCCCAUCAGCCAACACCAGUCUCAUCAAUUAUACCAUAAUAGGCCAAGCCCACAUAAGGAUCUUUCCCAGUGUGUCACUUGUCAAGAGAAGCACAUCACAGUGAAGAAGGAGCCGCAUGAAUCCCUCGGCAUGACUGUGGCCGGAGGCCGAGGCAGCAAAAGUGGGGAAUUACCAAUAUUUGUCACAAGUGUGCAACCCCAUGGCUGCCUGGCGAGAGACGGAAGGAUUAAAAGAGGUGAUGUGCUGAUGAAUAUCAACGGCAUCGAUCUGACCAACUUAAGUCACAGCGAGGCAGUGGCCAUGCUCAAAGCCAGCGCUGCCUCCUCGGUCGUUUCCCUUAAAGCUCUGGAGGUCCAGGUUGCCGAAGAACAGCCCCAGGCAACUGAUGAGCAGCCAAGCACCAUCAGUGAGAAUGAAUACGAUGCCAGUUGGUCACCUUCAUGGGUGAUGUGGCUGGGACUUCCGAGCUGCCUGCACAGCUGCCAUGAUGUUGUCCUACGGAGAAGCAAUUUAGCAAGCUGGGGCUUCAGCAUUGUGGGUGGCUAUGAGGAAAACCACACAAACCAGCCUUUCUUCAUAAAAACAAUUGUCCUGGGAACACCAGCAUACUUCGACGGAAGACUGAAGUGCGGUGAUAUGAUAGUUGCAGUGAAUGGACUUUCAACCGUGGGCAUGAGCCAUUCAGCGCUGGUUCCUAUGUUGAAGGAACAGAGGAACAAAGUAACUUUGACAGUUAUUUGCUGGCCAGGAAGUCUCGUAUAGACCUGCAAAAAAAAAAAAGAAGAGGAAGAGAGAAACUUUUGCUUCAAGCAGCUUCCUGUUUUCUCGAUGGCUGGUUCAAAAUCCUCAAGCUGUGUUUUUUGUUUGUUUGACCGAUUUCUUUCUUUCCUACUACUGAUACAGCUGGUAAUAAGCUGGGCCAAAAAUCGCUACAUUCAUAUUUUAGACUGGAUGUUCAGGAGGGAGAUUCUCAACCUCGCAGUGUGCAUCUUUCCAUCUCAAAACCGCCAUUCCCGCCAUGUUGUGGUUUGGUUUGUGUUUUUCCACAUUGGCACUCAAAGCAUUCACAUGUAGGAUCCCAGGAGUGUUUUCAGGGUGUCUGCCCUUUGGCGAUUGUAGUGCUUUUUUAAUGCAGGUGACCAGUCUGCUAAGGUUCCAGUUUGCCAGACACCUGCCAGUCUUGAUGCCAGCUACACUAUCCCCUGUGUUGGUCGCCCCUGGUUCACAAAACAGAAUCAGUACAGGGGAAAUUGCAGUUGUCUUGCAAACAAACUUACAGUGGGGAGUAGCAUCAAAUCUCCCAAUAGCAGGCAUGAGACAUUUCCUCUUUUUGCUUCUCAGUUUGCCGCCGUCGUCACUACUAAAAUAAAGUAUAGAGUACUCCUGUAAGCUGCUUCUAUCCUUGGAAGUGUUUGUAGUCUCUCCAAGCAAGGGCAGUUUCUUAUGUUAUGGCUGUCAUGUAGAAGCAGCAGGGCACAGCUUCAUGUAGUGCCUGUCCCACAGAAUAUAAUCCUGCUAUGUGAAAUAGCAAAGCACAUGGAAUGCCCCAUUGGAUACAGAGUCACUAUGGGAAUACACUAUACUGACCGGAAAACUCUCUGUGCAAGGGGGCAAUCAAUAUUAACUUGCUGCAGCAUUUACUCCAGUGGAUUGUAGCAUAUGGAUCUGCUCAUAGAAUCAACAGUCCCUAUAUGCAUUUUCAAGCACAGUGUUUGCUUGUGAGAACAUCCUUGCCCUUCAGUCAUUCAAGGGUGUUGUAAACACGAGCGUGACUCCCAAGGUGAGGGUUACAUCAGACACACUGCUGGUGCAUUGCCAGUCCAAGAUCUGUAACAUCUCAUGGGCAGUUUAUGCAUCAGAUUGACACCCAUAUGCAUCCUACACACAUAUGCUGCACUGUGCUAUGGACAAGGUUGUGUGUCCUCCGUGCUGACGAAAUCCAGAUUCUGUAACCUGAAUAAAUUAUGAAAACAUGCAUCUACGGUUCUGUAUUUUGCAUAAUUUAUUCUGCUUCCAAUAGCCGUAGAAAUCACGCAGCACAACAAUGCCGCAGCCUCUGCUCAGCACUUACCCCUCUUCCAGAGUUCACUAUCCAUUAGCUGCACCUUUCCCAGUUUCCUUCUUCAUCCAUAAGGGCUAGAAACAUGUCUUUUUUUUUCUUUGAAUGAAACCUGAGAUUUUGAGGAUGCUGGAUCCUGUGUUCUUGUGUGAUGAUGUCCAUAGAGCGUUCAGAAUACACGCAGCCCUGGCUGUCGGUGGACUGGAUCUUUUCCAACGAGCAGCUUGAAUAGCAGGUGGGCGUGUGUCCCUACACGAGAGGCUUUUCUGGCUCAAAGACUGAGUCUGUGGCACUCAUUCUAUGCCGUGCCCUCCUUAAGAGUGACAGUGUAUAGCUUAGUUCUCUUUCCUGUGCUGGAGGUGCAGGGGUUUAAGUGGUUUUAGUAUCCUGGCAAAGUCAACAGAUGCGGCUCACUGCCUAAUUUUAAUUUCCCUUUAAUAUUUUUUUCCCAAGCCAAAAGUACAUUGAUCGUCUCAGUUCAGCUUUCCUUUCCCCGAAAAGGAGCUUUGAUGGCAGUGAAGCAUUUUUAGUAUGUUGUAAUUAAUUUUACUU